UCCAGAGUCAGUAAUCAAGCUUUCAAAAACGCUUUAUUUUCACGUUGAGGUUUGAUAUGAAACAUAAACGAAUAUGGGAAUAGAACAAAGCAGGAAACAAUAAAUAAAAAAAAUCUUCAUAAUGCAACGUACAAGGGUCUUUUGAGGCCAGACCAGGACAAAGGAGGAAAAUUCCGAAAUAAGGCUCUGCGCAUUUCCUCGCUCAUAUGAAUUGCGUCAUGAACGCCACUAGUCGUCAAAUCAUCUUAUCGAAUCAAACGUUAUUGGAUAUCCCCGGCCACUACAGUUUCCUGGGUAACAACGACACAAGCAUCGCUAAUAUCCCUGCGGGAGCGCGCAUCAUAGAAUACAGCACAACAUGGACGCCCUCUGAGAUCCAGCAUGUGGUCACGCUGGCGAUACUGAUGUCCUUGAGUCUGAUCGGUAACGUCCUGGUCAUCGUCGUGCUCGCUUGUUCGAGGUUUCGCCGAUCACACACGAGAGUCAAUAUCUUCAUCCUGCACCUCGCCAUUGGAGAUUUGGCUGUUUGUGGGAUUACUAUGACGGGAGAAAUCUUCUUCGUAGUCUUUGGCGAGUGGGUGCUAGGUGCCGCAGGCUGCAAGAUAGUCACCUACUUCGGUAUUGUGACACUUUCGGCAACUAUUUUCCUCCUCCUGGUGAUGUCUUGGGAUCGUUACACGGCGAUCUGCCAUCCCCUGAACUUCGUCACCUCUGUCAGGAGAGCCAAGAAGCUAAUCACGUGUGCUUGGUUGGGAGCGUUCAUUAUGGCUGUUCCUCAUCUGUUUAUCUUUGUUCAGGUGCUUGAGGGCUACCAUCCCGAUGGGUCUCCAGUCUACUCCUGUAGGAGCAAAGGCUACACAAACGAAUGGCAGAGGAAAACAAUGUUCACCUGGCUGACGUUCUACAUUCUCGUCCUGCCCCUGAUUCUCAUCACCGCUUGGUACGUUUCCAUCGUGAGGGUGGUGUUUCGGCAUGGAUGUAACCAGCAGCAGAUGAACAUGCAAGUUUACACCAAUAUUGCCACACCCAAAAUCAACACCAUAUCCCCAGUAUACACCAAAUACAACACGAGGCACCCAUCCACACCACCAAUGGCGACACCACCUGACAACAUCAGUCAGCAAUCAUCAUCAGUCAGCACCACCAAUUGA